AUGAUUCGUAAAAAAUUGUUUGGUAUUGAUACGCAGAAUCAAUGUCCGGUGUGUCCAAAUAUUAGAAGGUUUUAUUUGCAACCGCCUAAAAGUAUAUCCGUCGACAACGGAAAACAGCACUACUGCAUUUAUGACGUUCAGGUUAAUCGCAAAUAUUUUGAUUUGGAUAAUUCAUUAAAGAGAUUGGCAUCGUUUGAGUCAGGAGAAAAAUUUUGUAUCACGAAGAUGCAUGGUUCUGUAGUUUUUCCGGAAAACGAAGAAGAGUACUGGUUUCUAAGAGAAAGUUUUUCUGCAAAUAUAUCAAGAAUUGGUUUUUCACUGCGUACUCCAAGAGCAUGGUUUUACGGAGAAUUGCCAUUACGAGGAUCGAAAGAAACCGACACUGAUCUCAUACCGAAAUUUAAAGUUUUUGAUAGUCAAGGCAAGCGUGAGGAAAUUAAUUUUUACUAUGACUACAUGUAUGAAGAAGCUUUGAUGUUCUGCGAGUCUCUUUUGGAUACCCAUUUGUCCACAACACUACACCAGUUGAAUUCUACCCAACAAAAAGAAGUGCUCUAUCCAUAUAUUGGAGAUUACUGGUUGGGACUCCAAAAAUCUGAAGGUCAUUGGAGAUGGUCCGAUGGAGUGAUAGCGAAUCUUGGCGACAAUAUUUUUGAAAGUUUAAGGAACGUAAAUAAUACUCAAGAACAUACAUUCUACAAUUCUAGAAAUGGGCAUUUUUAUACUUCAGAAAAAAUAAAAAGAUAUCCUUUUGUUUGUGAAUACAAAAGUAAAAUUCAUUGGUUUAAAAAUAAACUGGGAAGGUUUCUUUGCAAACGACCAUAUGAUCCGAGCAAAAAGUUGAUUAAAUCUGAUGAUGUCGAUCAACUGCUGAGCAUUAGUCAAGAUGCACUGAGAUAUCGAAGUAAGUCGUUCGCACAGUAUCAACUUGACACUGAUUGUUAG